GUUUUUACCAAUCCAACGUAAACAUAAAAUUUUCAAUACAUGUUUGUGUUGUUGAAAAAUACAUAAUAGACUUCUGUUCUUCAAUUUUUCUCUGUUUUACGUGACCUCUUAAUCCUAGUACUUUUUUCUUUCCGAGUGUGCAGUAAAACGACAACAGUGCAAUUUGUUCCUCCAUAAUUUUCUGUUCACUUGUUUGGACAGACAGUUAAUCUUGUGAAAAGAACACGUUUAACACCUUGCUUUUUGUGUGUUGCGAGAAGUAUCAUCAUACAGGAAUGUCUUCUGGCGGCUACAUCUUUGGAAAACCGCCGUCGGCAGCAGAAGUUGAAGCAAGCCGCUCCGAGCAAACACAGGAGCCUACCGCUAAAAGACAGCGCAGAUUUAAGAAUCGCAAUCCCACGGAAACACACGAAGUCUCCAACGGAAUAGAGUAUCUAAAACGCCGUAAUAUCCGUCUCGAAACGCCGGCUGAUAUUGAAGCAUGGAUUGCUGAACGGAAACGAAACUGGCCGACUGCUGCAAAAAUAAAGGAGAAGGAGGAACAACAAAAAGACGCAGCCAACAACGAAGAUACGACCGUUGACGGCGAGACAGCAGCAGUAGCUGCUUCGUCUAGUGAACCUGCAUCUCGAACAGCUCAGACCUCAACAUCAGUAUGUCGGUAUUACGCCCGUGGUCACUGUUACAAAAAGGACAAAUGUCCAUUUGCUCAUGUCAAAGGCACAACUAAUGCCUCCGGUCGUAACAAACCGGGUCCGGCAAAGCCAACCAAGGGGCGUGUAACACUCUUUCAAAAGCUUUUGAAAACACAGACAGAACAUGAAAACCUUUUCUUGCUCGAGUUUUUUAAGGCUUAUUUAGAUCAAGAGAAAGCGGAACAAGAGGCGGCAAACAAACAAGAAUUAGAGCAGCAUGAGAAUGCGGCGCAGGAUGAACUAGAACCGAAGAAUGUGACACAACAAGAAAUAGAACAACUUAAAACGGAUCCACAGCAGAUGGAGCAGCAAAAUAUCCCAACUAAUUUCUCAUCGGCAACUGAAGCAACAGCUAUAGAACCAAAACCUUGCGACGACAACCCCGCUAUGACAGAAAGCAACACCUCUAACACUGUACUUUAAUUUUCUAUUUGCACCCUUGCUAUACUAAUACAACUUUACUAACUAAAACGUAGCAAUCCAC